UUUACAAGGAUUUAUUUGUAAGUCUAGAUUACUUGUUUGUUUGGGAAAUCAUUGUGAAGCAGGAAGAACUGCAACUUAGACUCACAAUUUGUAUUUUUAGCUUCACGUAGGCAAUCUAAACUGGCUUUUAGAUUAAAAGAUGGAAUGCCAGUGUUUAUAUUCCCUUACUUAUGUAUAUUUUUUGAGUUUAUAUCAUGUGAGCAGUUGGACACUCUUCAACCUUUGGUAGGACUUGUUCAGCAUUUGCAGUGCAUCACUCUGUGGAUGAUACUGACUCUUGACAAAUCAGAAACCAGUAGAUUCCAUUCACUAAACAUUUGUAGUUCAUUUGCAUGGGUUUGUUUUAUUUUCCUGCAUGCUUCUUGCCCUUCUCUGGGAAUGAUUUGUAGACUCUGUUUCAUCCACACAAAUCUAUAACAAGGAAAUGUGUGAAGAAAUGUGUAGUGUUUGACACUGACUCAUUUGUAGCACUGAGUCAAUCCCUUUAUGUCUCUCAACCUUCCUGCCUCUUUGUAACUAAUCCAAAAGCCUGUACUUGUUAUUCUCUUUUUUUUGUCCUGCAACGGAUCAAAGAUGAUGUCUAAGAAGAUCCCCCAGUGCCCUGCACUUGAUCAGUCGGAGCAUGAUCAGCCUUCCAGUCAUUGUCAGGUGGACCAGUCCGCAAAUGCAGCACUGGGGUGUAGGAACAAGGCUGAAUCAAGUCAAAGAAACAGAGAGGCAGCAUCAUCGUCCCCAGAGAGCGGCAGCUUAAACGGAGAUGGAAAGCGCACUGGAAAAAGCCGCCGCCGUAAGAAACGUUCCUCCAAUCCCGAGAGUCGCCCUGAGGGGAAGGUUGACAGUAAGACCAAGAAUGAAGAGAAGCCAGACAAAAGGACCAGCCAGCCACCUGACCCCCGUGCUGGGUUGAUUGGCCUGCAGUCUGAGUGCGCUAAUGUGUGGUUUGAGCGCAGCAUCUAUGAGCGAGCCGAGAGCCUCUACCAGUGCUGGUUGGCGAGCUCCUCCAACGGGACCACCAAGUCAAACCGGUCACCUCCAGCCCCAGGGAAACACUCAAACUCUCCAUCCAAUGUGGCUCCAACUUCCUCAGGACUGGUGUGCCACCAUAGCGAUCAGGUGGCCUGCCACCAUGUCGUCCAGGCUGUGUGGGUGAACAAGACGUCCUUUGACCAAGCAGAACGCCGCUAUGUUGAAGAAUCCAUGCAGCUGCCCAUUCCAAACUCUCUGGACCUCCCAUCCCCACCUAACCGCUCCAUUGUACCCAGAACACCUGAUGAAGGAUAUCAAUCUCUAGCCCCAACACCUGCAACCCCUGUCAUCCAACAAGCAGCUGUCACACCAACCAAUCGACAGUCGAUUAACGGACUGCCUCGCAUCCCUGUGGAGCUGCUCAGAGACGUGUGGCUGGAGAAACCGCUGUAUGACCGCGCUGAAGCAGCCUUCUACCAGAAUCUGUACGGUAACAAUUCCUCCAAACGGUCCAGUUGCACCUCCACUUCCAGAAGUAGCGACCACCCUCAAAGCCUCGUAGAAGAGGAGGAAGAAGAAGAAGUUGAGGAGGUGGUGGUGGAGGAAAAACGGGUGGUCCCGCAGGGUAAAGCAGAAGUCUUCCACGCUCUGCUCCCUAUUCAGGAGGAAGAGGAGCCAGCUGAGGUCCCGGAGAGGGAAGAAAUGUCGGAGGCCGGAGUCUGCUACUUUAAUCACCCAGACAGCGAGCGGGUGUGGCUGGACAAGUGGCGGUAUGAUGCUGCAGAGAGCCGUUUCCAUGGUUACAGUGGGAGUGAAGCUGUGGCAGUGAAGAAGGGUCGGAGGCCAGAAGCGGCAUCAGUUGCCUCCACCACCCCACUGAGGGACAACACCAUGAGUUCAGUGGACUUUCUUGCCCAGGAGAAGAUCUGGUUUGACAAACCUCGCUACGAUGAGGCAGAGAGACGCUUCUAUGAGCGCAUGAAUGGCUCCUCACAACAGACACAGGAUGUGGGAGCUAACACCAUUCUGCAAGACAUUGCUCGGGCCCGGGAGAACAUUCAGAAAUCCCUAGCAGGAAUGAAGAAUUCACUGUGUAACAGAGGGUCUUGUCAACCUUCCCUGAGCCAACAGUCCCGACUUAGCAGCACCAGUGCAGCUGAUCAAGGAGAAAUCGUCAGUCGCAUCAAGAGCCUGGAGCUGGAGAACCAAAGCUUACACAAAGUGGUGGAUGACUUGAGAGCUGCACUUUCCAAACUGGAAUGUCGAGUAUCUGUUCUGGAGAAACAGCCUGCAGCUGUGACCCCAGCUCCCGCUCCUUCAGUACCCUACACAAAUGGCACUACUAUCCAGCAGAAGACCAGUGCACCGGUUAAAGACGAGGAGGAAGAAGAUGAAGAUGAUGACAUUGACCUGUUUGGUAGUGAUGAGGAUGAUGAAGAGGCAGAGAAAAUUAAAGAACAGAGGUUGAAAGAGUACGCAGAGAAGAAGGCCAAGAAGCCCGGCAUCAUCGCCAAGUCUUCCAUCUUACUGGAUGUAAAACCUUGGGACGAUGAAACUGACAUGGCAGAGCUGGAGGAGUGUGUGCGCUCGGUGCAGGCUGACGGCCUGUUAUGGGGCACGUCCAAACUGGUUCCUGUGGGUUACGGCAUUAAGAAGCUCCAGAUUGCAUGUGUGGUGGAGGACGACAAAGUGGGGACAGACAUGCUAGAGGAAGAAAUCACCAAGUUUGAAGACUAUGUCCAGAGUGUCGACGUAGCAGCUUUCAACAAGAUCUGAUUCCAGUGUCUCUUUCUGUUUUUUUUGUCACGCCUUGUUUCUCUGCUGAUUGUGUCAACGGUUAACAAUAAUAAUUAAAACAAACUCUUGCACUGAAA